UUGCAUCACAUUAUUAUUCUCCACCCAAAUUAAAUAAUAUUAAUAAUAAUAAUCUCUGUUCCUCUUAGAAGUGCGUCUCAAGGAAGGGUUGUUUCGUUUCUGAUUUUUUCACAACUAUGACUACUUCAAAACGCCUAGCAGACAGGAAAAUCGCAAGGUUUCAGAGGAACAUUACAAAGAGGGGAUCUGAGAACUCUAAGAAGGGAUAUGCCUACCCUGUUGGCCCAAUUUUGCUUGGCUUCUUCAUCUUCGUUGUGGUUGGAUCAUCUCUGUUUCAGAUCAUAAGAACUGCGACAAGUCGUGGGAUGGCCUAAAGCAGGAGGAAUGUUCAU